GUGAGAUUAAAAGUUUUAUUAGGAGAGGGACUGGGUUUACUGAGCCUACUUACUGGUAUCUAUGGGUCAGCAGUAUUCUACAUGAAAGCAAAAUAUGGACGUCGAAACACCGUCGGAACAUGAACAACGAAGAAAAGUUAGCGGUGUAGUGAUUUUGCUUGAUCAGCACAAGAGAAUUUCCACCCCGAAUUCCGUAAUGAAGGCAAAAAAAACAUAAAAGCAGCUUUCAGUUUGCUUUUAAACUAUUACCUGACGUGCUGUGUGGAAUGAGAAACCGUUUUAAACCAGUUCUUUCGGCUGCUCGUCGAAGUCGGCAGAACACAUCCUCUACGAGCUCAAACUCGGAAGGAAAUGCAUCUUGUUCUAGUCCGGCUGUGGAGUCGCAGCUGGAUGAGUCGACGUCCAAGGUCGAGGAAGGGGUGGCUAAUUCCGAAUCAGUAGAGUCCAACUCUGUAUCAAAGCAAACUGAUGCUGAAUCAACAGUAUUCAAAACACCAACUCCUUUGUCUUCCUCCACUCCUGCUGUGGGAUCCCUGAGAAGGUCGCGCAUUAAGCCAGUUGUCACAUCAGUGCCCCGCUCUCGACCAAAUGCCACAAGUAAAGGUAAAGCAACAUCUGAAGCUAAGAGUUUGUCUGGUGUGAUUAGCGGAAAUGAGGAAAGUCACUUGGUUUCUCAAGACCUUGCCAGUAAUAACGAUGAGCAGUUGUCAGGGAGGUUGGCGUUAGACGAACAAGAUGGGCAAUCAGAUGUUGAUACAGUUAGUAGCACAGCUUUAUCAAGUGGUAAUGUCGUCAAGUCUCCCUCACUCAAGGAGAGAAACCAACAGGCUUUGUCAACCAGAGCCUCAACACCAGCAAGUUCUCCCACUCUUGCAAACACUGAGCAAAGAUCUCAGCCAGUAGCACAAGAUGCAGUUAUAAAACCAUCGCAAGUACAAAAUAAGAACACUAACUCAGACAAUGCUCUGAUGCAACCUAUUGAUGGUGGAGCAACCCCUUCAUUACUGCGCCGCAAGCGAGUCUUACCAAAUCUGGGGUCAGCCGCAAGGAAACGACGUUCUUCUGUGUCCAAAGAAAAUGUAGAUAAAAAUCCUGAUGUACCAGAGAUAAGGCAAGAGGAGGUAGAUGUUCCACACAAAGAUCUGGGACACUCAAAUGACCAAAGUUCUGUAGAGAGGGGUGGAAGCCGAAACAAGAGAUUGUGUACUUUAUCAGAGGGUGAAAAAAACGCUGAUCAUGCAGUGCCUCAUGCUGCUAUACCAGAUUGUCAUGGCAAGGACGACGACAAUGAUGAUGAUGAUGAAGAAGAUAAUAAGAAAAAGGGCCUCAAGCGAAAGAGAGGUGGCAGACCCCAUAAGCUAAAAGAACCUUCUGAUCCAAGUCACAUGACCAUGCAACACUUGAUCUAUUUCAAUCCCAAGACCAACCCCAUGACAUCAAGUCUGGCCGAAAAGAAGAAGAAGGCAGAUACAACAAAGAACUUUGUUGGGGACAAAGAGUCCGAGGAAGAGACAGGCUCUGUUAGAAACCCAGCGUCCAUUUGUGGAUCGCCAGCUAAAACAAAGCGAACAGAGAGUCAAGAACCCAGUGUGGAUAAAGACAGUGUCGAUGGUGCAGCUGUUGCACCGCGUGUGAAACUUGCCGCUGAUGGAAGUAUAAUCUUGGACGAGGAAAGCCUUGUAAUUCCCAAGUCACCUGAAAAUACCCUCGAUGAUAGUGAAAUUCUCUAUGAGGAUGCUGACGCAGUGAGCUUUGGCGCUUAUUUGAAGCAUAGGAAAGUGGAGCGAUGGACACUUGAGGAAACGCAGAAAUUUUACAAGGCGCUCAGUCAAGUUGGAACCGAUUUCAGUCUCAUGGGGCCACUAUUCCCCAACAGAAAAAGAAGGGAGCUUAAGGCCAAAUUUAAAAGGGAAGAGAAGCAGCACAGGAGUCUUGUGGAAAAAGCACUUCGCCUCCGCAAUCCCAUUGACGUGGAGUUGUUUACUCCCAAAGUGGAUGGAGAGGAAAUAGAUGACGACUUGUCAACUACGGACAAUAUCAGUUCGACACUUCCUACGGAGGAAUCAUGAACCAUCUGAAAACCAGUCCAAGUACUUUGUUCAAUGCGAACACUGUCUUCAAGAAUUGAAUGCACCACCGGUUUUCAGCGGGGUUGUUGCUGAGAAACGUGACGUCAUGGUAUGACGUCUAGCUGAUGUGGCAGCUUCUGAUUGGUUGAUAGGAAUCAGAAUCCCUUCAUAUACCUCAUGUGUUCUCUAGGGUAGUCGUCCCACAUGGCAGAAAGAGAAAAUCAAAUGUGUGUCCGAACUGACGUAAAGAAUACGUCCAGAAAAACACUGAGGUGCUCUACACCUCCGAAGUGGGCUUGCUGACUCGACUGCUUUGUUGCUCAGAUGGGCUGCAAUAAACUAAAAGCUUGGAGAAUAAAAUAAAAUUUAAAGUUAAUCGGUA